AGAACCGAUUCUUGUUUCUCUCAGUCCCGAAAGCAGGCGAUGGACUUGACAGGGGACCUCCCGACGCGGCCCGGCUCUCGCGGCCUGGCCAUGCUCGCCGCCGGAAUCGCGAGACGCCUCGCCGAGGCGGACGCGGGCGGCAACCUGGUGUUCUCGCCCCUGUCCAUCUACGCGGCGCUCGGGCUCCUGGCCGCCGGCGCGCGGGGCGACACCCUGGACGAGAUCCUCUGCGUCCUCGGCGCGCGGUCACGCGGCGAGCUCGAGGAGUUCGUCUCCGGCGUGGCGGAGGACGUGCUCAAGGACCACUCAGGCUAUGGCGGGCCGCGCGUCGCGUUCGCGUGCGGCGUCUGGAGCGACCUGACGUGCCCGCUGAAACCAGCCUUCCGCGAGGCCGUGGUGGGCACGUACAAGGCCGAGGCGAGCACCGUCGACUUCACCAACGAUCCGGAGGCGGCGCGGGACCAGAUCAACGCCUGGGUCGCACAGGUGACGCAGAACCUGAUCGGCUCCGUCUUUGGUCCGGAAGCGAUAAAGCCGCUCACCCGCGUCGUGCUCGGCAACGCCAUGUACUUCAGGGGAAGCUGGGCCGAGUCCUUCGAUAAGAGGGACACGACAAACAAGCUUUUCCACCGGCUCGACGGCAGCACCGUCGACGUCCCCUUCAUGCAAAGCUGGGAUCGCCAGUACAUCGCCGUGCACGACGGGUUCAAGGUCCUCAAGCUCCAGUACCAGAUGCAGAGCGAUCCUUUCGCGGGUCAGUCCGUCCUCUGCACUCGUGAUGGUGCAUUCCUUCUGAGUGACCACAGCCAGUACGAUGACACCGCCCAUCCGGCCGGCCAUCCGUAUUUCUCCAACCUUACUCCGUCCGGCACUCCCACGCCAUAUUAUGUCCCCUAUCGUCGUAACAAACGCACACAAUUCUCCAUGUGCAUCUUCCUCCCGGACGCCGUCGAUGGCUUGCGGAGCCUGGUUGACACGAUAGCGUCCCAGCCUGGCUUCAUGCACCAGCACCUGCCGAAGAAUAUGCUCGCCGUCAGCCAGUUCCGGUUGCCCAAAUUCAAGCUGUCAUUCCAAGGCAGCAUCGUUGCAAUCCUCAAGAACCUGGGGCUUCAAUUGCCGUUCGGCGAUCUGGCCGAUCUGUCUGAUAUGGUGGAGGACAAUGAGUCUGGCUUACCACUGGAAGUGAGUGAGGUCAUCCACAAGGCGGCCAUCGAGGUUAACGAGCAAGGUACCGAAGCUGCAGCUGCUUCCGUCAUGAGCAUUCAGUAUGGAUGUAGCGCAAUACCGCCACCGUCGCCUCCACGAGUGGAUUUUGUAGCUGAUCAUUCCUUCGUGUACUUCAUUGUCGAGGAGGAUACCGGCGUUGUUGUCUUUGCGGGGCAUGUCCUCGACCCCUCUAAAGAGAACUAGACAGUUUCGAACGCGUGGUUUUGCUUAGAUUUUCUAUCCCCAUAAUGGUAACCCCAUAGCUAGUUUCAUAGGAGUACUUUGAUGUUGUUUAUUAUCGGAACUCUCCUUUUUUAUGUACUUUAAUUGAUUGCUUAAUUUCACUGCAUUAUAUAUACUUCCACCGUUCCAUAUUACUCGGACGAUUAGGUUUUGUCAAAGUCAAAUGUCGCAAA